AUGGCACGUUCGCUACGAGCCCACCAUCCUACAAAAACUGAAAUCGUCGACCUUGCGGCUCUGGAGGGUCACGAUGCAGACAUACCCAGCAACCUAGGCUCAAUACACAAUGUUCACAGCAACCCUUCCACGCAGCCACACACCCCGCUGUAUGAGAAGGAUGUUAAGCCGUCGGCUUUCGAAAGGGACAUCGAGAAGGGUGCGAGUCCUUCCUCGACCUCGAUAGCUGGCGAGCCGAAUGAAGGAGUGGAAGAAGACCCUAACGUUAUCGACUUCGACGGACCAGAUGACCCACAGAACCCCAUGAACUGGAAGUUCUGUAAAAAAUGGGGGAUGGUGUUGUUGAUAUCUGCGAUUACCUUCCUCACGCCACUGGCGAGUUCCAUGUUUGCGCCUGGUGUACCAGAAGUCAUGCGAGACUUCAACUCAACGAAUGACAUGCUUCAAGGCUUCAUGGUAUCAGUCUAUGUUCUUGGAUUCAGCUUCGGGCCCCUGAUCAUCGCGCCCUUAUCGGAGAUGUAUGGGCGGCUACCCUUGUAUCACUCUUGCAACUUACUCUUCAUCAUCUUCACCGUUGCGGCUGCCGUUUCUACGAACAUGAUUAUGUUUAUAAUGUUCAGGUUCUUGAUGGGCACUGUAGGAGGUGCUCCAAUGGUGCUUGGGGGUGGUACGAUUGCUGACCUGAUACCACGUGAACAUCGAGGCACAGCCAUGGCAGUGUGGAUGAUGGGGCCAACCAUUGGACCUUGUAUUGGUCCCGUAAUUGGGGGCUUUCUUACCGUCGCUAAAGGCUGGCGAUGGAACUUUUGGUUCGUCGCUAUAGUGGCUGGCGCAUUCUUUGCCAUGUCACUCAUUCUGAUGAGCGAGACAUCCGCACCGAUCAUUUUAGAACGUAAGACCAAAAAGUUACGAGCGGAGACGGGAAAUGAAGUGUUGCGAUCCAAGUUCGACAGUGGUCUAACCACUAGGAAGCUAUUCAUAUUUUCCAUCGUUCGACCUGCAAAGAUGCUCACACGCUCGACUAUCUGCUUCGCUAUCUCGCUAUACGUCGCCAUAACGUACACAUACCUCUAUAUCCUCUUCACCACCUUUACUGCAGUCUUCACGAACCAAUACCACUGGCAUGGCGGCAUUACUGGUCUAUCGUUUCUCGGUCUAGGCAUAGGAUCCUUGAUAGGCCAAUUCGUAUAUAUCCACUACGGCAACCGGACUGUCUCGAAGCACAUCGAACGGGGAGAUUUCAAGCCAGAACAGCGUUUGCAUAUCAUGUGCGUUGGUGGCUUCUUUCUGCCAAUCGGCUUACUCAUUUACGGCUGGUCUGCAAACUACAAGACCCACUACAUAGUGCCACUCAUCGGUACUGGCAUUAUCGGCUUCGGACUUCUUAUGACGUUUAUGCCAGCCAACACCUAUCUCAUCGACGUAUUUACAAAGCACGCUGCUAGCGCAAUGGCUGCGAACACGGUCCUUCGUAGCUUGAUGGCUGCAUUGGUCCCAUUGAGCAGCCAGAAGAUGUACGCUGCCUUGGGCUUGGGAUGGGGGAAUAGUCUCCUUGCAUUCGUCAGUUUAGCGUUGGUGCCUAUACCUUUCCUGUUUAUCAAGUACGGCGAGAGGAUCAGAACAAAAAGCACAGUCAAACUAUGA